AUGCCGAAAUUUCCAUUAACAAGUACUAUUAAUAAAUUUCUUUUCAGAUCAAAUGAGAGCAAAGCCUACCCACUGAUAAUGGGAAAUAGGGUCAUUAAGGCUUACUGUCAUAUGACCGUUUCUUCUUCUGAAAAUGAAACAUGUGGAAAUGGAGCAUGGACUCUGGUCAUGAAGACUGAUGGUACUAAGGUACCUCCAGAUUCACUAAUCUCAUUAAAUAAAACUUGUCCAGACGAAAACUGUUGCUAAUAACAGUUGUGUUUAUCAUAGACAUUCUACUGAAUCCAUGAAUGGUAUAUUUUUCAAGGAAGAAUGGUUGCUUUUGGAUUUCUUUAACGGCCUAUAAGUCGGUUGAUUUUUAAAUUCUACUCCUUCCUGAAACCGAACGGUUCAUUUCCCUAUAUUGACAACUUAUUCGCUCCAGAAGAAAAUAAAAUAACUUAUUAUCAGCUAUCUGAAAAGGAUUAGAGGCAUUUUAAUAAACUUGAUAUCGGCAAUCUGAUAAACAUAGCAAAAAGAGAGGGAACUGUACUGAAUACGGUGAAUAGCGGGUUCAGUUCAAAAUGAAUAUGUAACCGUGACCGGCAAACUAUGAGUCACACAUUGUUGCCAGUUAUAAUGCAUUUAUCUUAGUUCGAUUCUCUUAAUUCUCGCACUUAAAAAAGUGCUUGACAAAACGUUGGUUGGAGCAGAAGCCUCUUAUAACUCGAUGUAACUCUUCCACUUAACACUUUGGAUUAUUUUAUAGGCUUGAAUAUUUGUUGCCUGUUUUAUAGAGCCGUUUUCACUUGACUGUCGUAAAACCAAAACCAAAGUAAAUACACUAGCCAACCAAAGGGCGUAGUAAGACCAAAACCAAAACCAAAACCAAUUACUUUCGACAGUCAAGUGAAAACCGCUCUAUAUCCUAAGCCCAUUAUCAGUAUUUAAAACCGGACAUUAAUAAAGAGCCCGUUCUUAACAGUAACAGGGCCAUUUUCUUCUCAAUUUUCAUUCCAAUACAAUUUCUUCCCCAUUUUUCUCUAACAGCAAACUUUUCACUAUGAUUCCGACCUCUGGAACAACAACAAAACAUUCAAUCUUGAUGGAGGGGAGACUGGGUUUGACUUACAGGAGACUAAACUACCCUCCUACUGGAACACAUCCCUCAGCAAGAUCUGCCUCGGUAUGAAGAUCAACAACCAGAUCAAUUUUAUUGUCAUCAACAAGCAGGCGAACUCCUUGUACUCUCUGAUCGCUGAUGGGCAAUACCGCAGCACCUCAUUGGGUCGUGACAAGUGGAUGUCGCUGAUUGGUUCAAAUGCCUCAUUGCAGCUGAACUGUAACAAGGAAGGGUUCAACGCAAACUGUACCUUGAGUGGCCGUUCCAAAGCAAGAAUCGGUAUUCUCGGCAACGAUCAAACGCAUUGCCAUGCAUGUAACUCCAGAUUGGGGUUUGGGAGCGGAGGGAACCACGAUGAUAGGGGGAAUACAUGUGGAAAUUUGGAUAAUCACGAGAAAAAAAAACUGAGCAUCAAGACAAUGGGGUAUAUCCUGGUGCAGUGA